AUGCAUCGGUGGGGCUGCAGCGCCAGGACGCUUUGCGUUCCUCUUCUGAUAUUGUUGCUGAUGACACUCGUGAUUUGUCUGAAUUUUAUGCGAUUUGUGCAGGGCUCCUUCCGUGGGGUGCAUUCCGCAAAGGUGCAACCGUAUGAAGAGAGAAGGUGGGAGCAGCAGACUCCGUUGGAGGCUGCGUUUGCUGUCAAGACCCAAAGUAUUCUUAGCGGUGGUCGUCUUGUUGGUGAAGAGCUUGAUGUUCACCUCUUUGUUCUUUGGCAUCGCGCAUAUCCACAACGGCUGGUGAUAUUAAAAGACAUUCGUGAGAGUUUUCUUGUGCUUGACCUGGCCGAGUUCGAUUGGGGAGAUAUAACGAUGGGGUCCAACAGAUUUCUCUCAAAUCUUUGGGUGCUGUACAAUGGCAAGGGUGGGUGGAAGCGGGAGGGGAUGUGGAGGAAGGUACAACAAUGCGGUUAUGGAAAAUUCAUCGCUCUUGUUGUUGCUGACAUGCACCCCCGCUACGUGCAGAAACCUACCGCGCACGGCCCCGAUACCGUCAAUCUAAUGAUGCACAUCAAGAAGGAGUUGUAUAGAAAAUGGACAGGUGGCGGCUUCAAAGUGCAUGGGACCUUCUCCACGCAUGAGGCUAACCAUGACAUCCGCGUGUUGUUCCACACCACCGUUGAGGGGGUCCUUGAGCGCGCCAUGGAGAAACGGGCCUACCCCAGAGACGUCGUGUCCGCAUUCUUGGACGAUCCUGCCUUCUUCGCUACGACGCGCGAGGCGUAUGGGGUUACCGACGUAAACAGCAAAGAUAACAAUGAUAAAACUGAAGGGAAGGUAGAACAGAGCCGCCAGCAAGGCUGGCGGUGUGCUUCGUUUCUUUUUGCACUUGGGUCGCUGACGCAGGUGACGGUAGCGGAUGGACGAACAGGGGUUCUGCUUUGGUCGAAGCGCAGCUCGCCUUCCGGGACGCCGCUUGCGGUAGAGGUGGUGACACAUGUUGCGUGUGCCGCGUGGCCCGACACGUUAGAGCUCCGCGCGCCCUUGUCAGAGAUGUGGGGGGCUGUGGCACUGCUGCGUGCCUCACCAGUCAAUUUGGUAGGGGUGACGUUGCGCAGUGCCUUCGCUGUUGAGCUGGAGGGAUCUACUCGAGUGCUUCAUCUAAAAAGUUUCAGCUGA